AUGAAGCUUGUAGUUGUUGAUGCUGAAGUUGUAGUUGUUGAUGAAGCUGUAAUUGUUGAUGCUGAGGUUGUAGUUGUUGAUGCUGAGGCUGUAGUUGUUGAUGAGGCUGUAGUUGUUGAUGAAGCUAUAGUUGUUGAUGCUGAAGUUGUAGUUGUUGAUGAAGCUGUAAUUGUUGAUGCUGAGGUUGUAGUUGUUGAUGAGGCUGUAGUUGUUGAUGCUGAGGUUGUAGUUGUUGAUGAGGCUGUUGUUGUUGAUGCUGAAGUUGUAGUUGUUGAUGCUGAGGUUGUAGUUGUUGAUGAAGCUGUAAUUGUUGAUGCGCUGAGGUUUUAG